CUCUUCCUUCUCAUCCCCGAUUUGUCGGCCUUUAUUCGUUCGUUGGGCGGGGGUUGAGAGACACUUGAAGUGUCGUUAGCGCGGACUUUUUACGAAAUCCCUUCGAGACGACGGUAACGGUCACAGUCACAGCCCUUCGCUUGCUGUACCACAGACCGUUCUGCUCCAACUUUUAUAUGCAAUCCGGUAGCCCAAAGCUUGGACCAGGUGUCCUCCUUUCUUGACCGAUAUUCUUGCCAUGAACAGAUCCAACCGACCCGUGGACAUCCGUGACGAAAGUGGUUACGUUGCGCAACGCUUGCCUCAGAAACUUGCUCAGAACGCUUAUCCGAACUCCCUCCCAUCUGGACCGUCCUCCCAGUUGCGCUCGGGCCCACAACGACGGCCCACAGUCCAGGACAGUCAACCAGUCCCACCGGCCCUACGCGCAGGACCUGCCCAACAGCCUUACCGACAAGGCCAGCACCAGCAGUCACUGCCGGAAGACCCCCGUCGACCCAUGCAACGCGAACUCUCUCGUUCGCAGGAGCGGGAACCGCUUCAGCGCCAAACCUCUCAGUCAGACCAGCCGCCAUUCCCCACUCCCCAGCUGCAGCGGACACCUUCGCAACCGGAGCGAGAAUACCCCCCAGCAUACCCGCCGAAUGAUCCGUACUUCCCGCCUGCUCCAGCAUUUGCACGAGGACCGGACGACCAGCUUGACAAAAGCGACGAGUUUUGGAAGCGGUUUAAUAAUAGUGUUCUCCAUCAGCAAGGGCAUGACGCAGAAAAGAGCUCGUGGCUCGAGAGAAAUGAGGGCAAGUCCUCACGGUAUGGGCGCUGGCUGUGGCUUGUCGGGCUCAUUAUUGUCUUGCUCGCAGCCGGUGGUAUCGCCAUUGGCGUCUUCAUUUCGUUCCACAGCAACUCGAAUUCAAAGCGUCCGGACACCUUCGGCGGCUCGGCCAACAUCACCGGGGCCGCGGCUGGCGUGGCUACUACAGGCGUGCCUGCGCCACUGCUGGCAACAGCGCACCGACAGCAACCACACUACACAUACUCAAUGGCUCCUCCGCUCGCUGGUAGACCGCCUUUUGCCACUGAUGAACCUGACAGUAUCUACCAAACCACCCCGCAACCACGUCUGCGCCCUCAGCAGCAAGGCAACCAGUCGUCUGCUCACAAUGCAUAUGACAACCACCUUGCUCCUGGAGAGGGUGGUGGAAACCGUAACAGUGGUGUUGGUGCUGUGGGCAUGGGCUUCAUGAAUGGCAAUAUGGACGAUGACUCAGACGAUGAAGAAGGUCCCACAAUGCGCGGCCCUUCCGCACCUUCACCCCGUCGCGCACUGCGGCCCUGGCUGCUGCUGUCGGUGUCUCUCCUGCCAAGGGGCCCGAGCGCUUGAGACCCCGCCGCCGCAGUACAACAACCCUGGCAACAUGCGCUCUCCGUCGCCCAAGAAACAACCCAAAUGCCGUCCCCUCAAGCUCGUUCGCCGCCGGCGAUUGCUGCACCACGCCCUGGAUAUGCCAAUGCGGUCCCUGCCCUGAGCCAAACACUCACCCGACCGUCACCAGCUGCUGUGUCUGCUCCCCCUAGCCGUAUCGAGGGCCUUCGUAUCGUUCCGCCUUCGCCGGGGUCUGGCGUCCCUCUUUUCGUUGCGCCUCCGUCUCCCUAUGGUUCUCCGUCGCCCUCCUCCACGCCGCACCCUCUCGAGGCCCCUGUAACGCCCAUCACGCCUAUUUUCGCACGCCCUCAGAGGACAGCUACUCAGUCUUCUGAUGCCAGUGGAGUGACGUUUGACGACAGCAAGAACUUAAUCAUGCGUGGUGACAAGGAAGAGACACUUCUUGCGAGGGCCCGGCCUGGUGCCAGAGCCGGGCACGGCGACCAGUUCUGGCGUCGGUUCAGUAUGGUAGCCAAGGAUCCCAAGGAGAAGCGCCCCUCAGACUGGCUGAGUCAGUCGCAAGGCGACACCAGUCGUCAACGAAGCUGGAUCUGGAUUGUUGGCGUCAUUCUGCUCAUUUGUGCGGCCGGCGGUAUCGGUAUCGGCAUGUACGUCUCGCACAAAUCGGCCGGAAACUACCGCCCGACUGCCAUCGGCGGUAGUGCCAACGAGGUCGACAAUGGUACGACGACGGCUGUUGCUCCUGCUGCUACCGGCGUUGGUGGUGCGAUCGCGACGAAGAGUGGUCUGCACGUGACACCGACGAACACUGUGGCCCGUCGUGCCAAACGAGGCCACUCAACACGUCUAGCUCUGGAUGUAAACUUGUAGACGGCGGCAACUGUUAUUUAUUAAACUCCAUCAGCAUCAGCAUCUCAUCCCGCAUGCGCACUCAUACUAUUCGCUAUUGGGAAGGCGUUACUUCGUCAGCCCGUCCGCUCUUUACCCUGGAUACCCAGACACUAGAUCCAUGUCCAACACAUCUCCGCAUUGGCUUCUUCAUCUACACCGCUUUUGCUUGCAUCCAGUCGCAAUGAUAAUUGCUCGUGGAUAGGCAAGUCGACAGCUGCGUCCACAUGCCUCGUUUUCCACCGAUGGACUGCGUCUUAUGUAAAUGUGCACAUCCAUCAUCUGUUCUGCUCUGUUCUGUACAUCAAUCUGUCCUCCCAUGUCGAUCUCAUUUCUGUCAGCGGAAUGCGUCCUCACACUCCAACAAUCCGCGCCGCAUUGCUAGAUCUCGACCCAUGAUCGUGCUGCAUCUACGCCAUCCUCGUUUUUUUCCUUAUCGCAAUUCAAACGCCGCAGCUGUCAAGCUCCCCAGGCUGGAUUUGUUGAAGCACGCGGGUGCUCCGAUCCUAACACAUUGGGAGAUAUAAAAAGCCGGUCAUGGAUCUUGAAGCGCGCGUGGUCCCUAUCCGCCCCUCCGCGAUGUCCACACAUUCCUACGAAGACAAGGAGAAGUCCGCGGGCGUCCACACUGUCAGCACCGAGGAAGCUGAGGUGUCCCCCGACGAUGUCCUCGUCAGGCGCUUCGGCUUCAUGGGUCCGGCGCUCAGGAAACUGUUCGCGAGCGGUGUCGAGGCGCGGGGUGUCGAGCGGGUGCCGGAGCACGAGCGGGAGGAGAAAAAUAUGUGGAACAACUUGCUUAUGUGGUGGUCGGUCAACACCGUGUUGACGACGCUUCCCAUCGGCAUGCUCGCGCAGGAGUUUUUCACGCUUAGCUUCGCGAACGCCGUCGCCACGAUCAUCUGUUUCGCAGCACUGGGCGCAACGACGACUGCUUUCAUCGCUACGCUUGGACCCAAAACGGGAUUGCGGACCAUGAUUAUCACGCGCUUUAGUUCUGGCUAUGUCGGCGGCGCGAUCUACUCCAUCCUGAACAUCCUGACACAGUUGGGCUUCUCGGUCACUGCCGUCAUCCUUGGUGGACAGACAUUAGCGUCGAUUAAUCCGGGAACUCUUCCCCUCGUAGUCGGUGUGAUCAUCGUCGGUAUCGGCAGCCUGAUCCCCUGCUUUAUCGGCUACAAUAUGGUUCACCAUUACGAACGCUACGCUUGGAUGGUUCUGUUCAUCGUCAUGCUAUUCCUGCUAGGACUGGGCGGACACGCUGGGUAUGACAUCCAUGCACAAAAGGCGUCUGAAGAUACCGGCAAAGCCCUAUCUUCGGAUAUCCUCAGUCUGGGCGGUGUUGUCUUCGGCUCGGUCUCUGGGUGGGCACCUGUUGCCGCAGACUACAACGUCCGACUUCCCGCCAAUACUCCAUCGGUCAAGAUCUUCCUUCUGACCUUCUUCGGCCUGUUCAUUCCCAUUUGCUUUUGUGAAAUUCUCGGCGCCCUCCUGAUGACGAUCACAAAAGAGGCGUAUGUGACUGCAUAUGCGGAUGGCGGGGCCGGUGGCCUGCUUGGCCAGAUCUUGUCCCCGUGGAAAGGCGGGGGCAAGUUUGUCCUCUUCCUUCUUGCGUUUUCUGUCAUCGCCAACAACGUGCCAAACACAUACUCG